AUUUCUGCUCAACUUCCAGUACAAUGCCAAAUUAAACGGUGUUACUGUUACAGUCUGAUCGAUCAUACAUUAUCCAGGGCGAGGAGGACUGCCCGUCCGGCGCUAGCUCUCCGGCCAACACACAUAAAUACAUACAUAUAUAUAGCGCGCGAGCGACUUAUAUAAUUAUCAAAAGGUCAUCGGAGAUCGAAUGUCGCCGGUCGGAUUGCCUCCUGGUUUCCGGUUCCAUCCGACGGAUGAAGAGCUGGUCAACUAUUACCUUAAGAGGAAGAUUCAUGGCCUCCAGAUUGAGCUUGAUAUUAUUCCUGAAGUUGAUCUCUACAAGUGUGAGCCUUGGGAAUUAGCAGAGAAGUCAUUUUUGCCAAGUCGAGAUCCAGAGUGGUAUUUCUUUGGGCCAAGGGACAGGAAAUACCCGAAUGGGUUCAGAACGAACAGAGCAACCCGAGCCGGUUAUUGGAAAUCAACCGGAAAAGACCGGCGAGUGAUGUCACAAAACCGGCCAAUCGGAAUGAAGAAAACAUUAGUUUAUUACCGUGGAAGAGCUCCUCAGGGCAUCAGAACCGAUUGGGUAAUGCACGAGUAUCGCCUUGAUGAUAAAGACUUCGAAGAGACCUCCGCUGGCAUUCAGGUGGACUCAUAUGCAUUAUGCCGUGUGUUCAAGAAGAAUGGAAUAUGCAGUGAAAUAGAAGACCAAACACAGCCUUCGGUUCGCCGCUUACAAUUACUGGACUACUCAUCAACGCAAGUAGUCGUCCCUAAUGAUCAGUACGAAACCCCAUCUCCAGAUGUCCCAUUCACAUCAUCUUCUUGUGUGGAAGAAGAUGACAACAAUAAUAACAGAGAAGAGAAGGAUGAUUCUUGGAUGCAGUUCAUCACCGAGGAUGCUUGGUCUUCCUUCACUUCCCCCUAUGCUCCUGAGUUGGAAGUGUCUCAAACUACAUUCACCAAUUGAUUUUUAUUAACUACCACAUUAAUUAAAAUACAUACUACUAUAACAACUACUACAAAAAAUACGGGAUUGACACGGAUUUGACACGAAUUGACAGAUAAUUUCGUGCCAAAUAGCGCAUUCUAAAAUGUUUUUGGCACGAAUUUCCUAUCUCUGCCAAAUUCUCUAUGAAUUUUGGCGAAUUCCUACAAAAAUCCUUAUCAAUCCCGUUUUUCUGUAGUGCAACAAAUAUUUUUAUAUCAUAUAUACGUAUACAAAUAUCAAUUUUACUUGUUUUGUGUUUGUAACGUCUAAAGUUUUUUAUUCAAUUCGAUACACAAUGAUGAUAAAUAUUUUCUAAUUAGGUGUAUCGUUUGUUCAUUAUAUUGGUUUGUGGCUGUUCGAAUUGUAUACAGCCGAUUUAUUAUCUUAUUAAGAGCAUUAUUGCAGGUUAGGCUCCAACUGGCCGGCCUCUUCCUUCACGUUUAAUUUUGUUAAUUAUCUUCGUGUAACUCUUGUUAUAUAAAUUAAAUGAUGUUUUUCCCAUGUGUAUUAUUGAAAUGUGACCAUAUUCAUUUCCCUUUUAUUAUUUCCUCCAUCCUUACAUAUGUAGUGUUUUGUACUUA